CCCCCUCUCUUCAAUUAUUCAUCCGCUAUUCCCUUCCUCCCUCCACUUGCAAAUAUACUCCCCUCCGCAUGAAAAAAAAACCCUAAACACAAUUCACAUAUAUAUAUAGGGGAUCUCAAUUAAUAAUAUUAUUCAAAAUAAAAAAUGGCAACAAAACGAAGUUUUCCGAUGUUGAAGAACUUGCUGACCCGUCAAACUCAAACCCGAUCCGUGACCUACAUGCCCCGACCGGGAGACGGAGCCCCACGAACCGUAACCCUAAUUCCAGGAGACGGAAUCGGACCGUUAGUAACCGGAGCAGUUGAGCAAGUAAUGGACGCGAUGCACGCGCCGAUAUAUUUUGAGAAAUUCGACGUCCACGGGGAUAUGAAAACGAUACCAGAACAAGUAUUGGAAUCGAUAAAAAGGAAUAAAGUGUGCUUAAAAGGCGGAUUGAAUACGCCGAUGGGCGGCGGAGUGAGUUCGUUGAAUGUGCAGUUGAGGAAGGAGCUUGAUCUGUAUGCGUCACUUGUGAAUUGUUUUAAUCUGCCUGGAUUGGUUACUAGACAUGAAAAUGUUGAUAUCGUUGUUAUUCGAGAGAAUACCGAAGGCGAAUACGCCGGCCUUGAACACGAGGUUGUUCCCGGUGUUGUUGAAAGUCUUAAGGUGAUCACAAAGUUUUGCUCAGAACGUAUUGCAAAAUAUGCAUUUGAGUAUGCUUACCUCAACAAUCGGAAAACAGUUACAGCCGUGCACAAAGCAAAUAUUAUGAAACUUGCUGAUGGACUGUUCCUAGAAUCAUGCCGAGAGAUAGCAAGCAAGUAUCCCAGCAUCAAAUACAAUGAGAUCAUUGUCGACAAUUGCUGUAUGCAGCUUGUUUCAAAGCCUGAGCAGUUUGAUGUUAUGGUGACUCCCAACCUUUAUGGAAAUUUGGUGGCCAACACUGCUGCUGGUAUUGCUGGAGGCACUGGUGUUAUGCCUGGAGGUAAUGUGGGGGCUGAUCAUGCUGUAUUUGAACAAGGUGCAUCAGCAGGAAAUGUUGGGAAACAGAAAAUAGUAGAUCGAAAGACGGCAAAUCCUGUUGCUUUGCUUCUGUCAUCAGCCAUGAUGCUGAGACAUCUUCAAUUCCCUUCAUUUGCAGACCGACUCGAGAACUCUGUUAAGCGUGUCAUCUUGGAAGGUAAGCAUCGAACAAAAGAUCUUGGCGGCACCAGCACUACUCAAGAAGUUGUUGAUGCUGUCAUUGCUAAUCUUGGAUGAGACCUUUGGUUGGUAAUAUCCCCAUCAUUCACCGGAUAUAUCCUUUCAUUGUUUUGCGUGAUACGUUUUUUGCUUCAUCAAAGAUUCUAUUGGGGAUUUGAUUUCCUUGUGAAUAACAUGACCUUUGAAGCGGGAAUACUUCAAUAAGAACUAAAUUAUGAUAAAAUUGUCAUGUAUUUAUUGGAACUGCAGAGUUACAUUGAGAACACAUUGUAGCGAAGUUGUUAAAUUUCACUUGAAGCUUAAUGCAUUUACCUUUCCCUUA